AUGUCAACGACGGGCACAGCCGAAAGACUCGAUGCUGCCAUAGCCGAAUUCUUUUCGUCAUGGAACAUCUACACCACACUCCUCAUUGUCCUUUUGGUCGUCUUUCUCACCUAUCCGCUGCUUACUAGCACGGAACCUGACACACAUCCAUUCCUGUUGGCCAGGCAAGCACAAAUAGCACCAAUCCGCCAUCAGGGUGAGUCUGCCGUCUACCGAGCUGUUGACAUCCCUCAUGGUUACCCUCUCCGUGCUGGUCUGGGGGUUAAAGACCCCGGUGCUCCACGAUGGAGCUCAGGCCGACCAGGCGAUCUCCGGGAUAUUUGGAGGGCUGCUGUUCGUGGCGCCGCCAUGGAGGAUGGUACUCCUACAGGAGAGAAAGGCAAGAUCCUGACUAUCUUGGGAAGUGAGAAAGUCGUGGAGCAUCAAUUUGACGAUCUUACCCUUGCUAUCAACGUCAUUGGCCAGUAUGUGAAGCGCAACAACGGACAGUCAGUCGCUGUGUGCCUUUCGAAUUCGGUAGAGCUGCUGUCCGUCAUCUUCGCUGGCUCGUUCUACGGCUUCUCGACGGUCCUCCUUCCAUAUGGUCUUCCGCAAGACAAAAUCAACUCCCUCCUCGCAAAGACUUCCGCAGAUCAUGUUAUCGCCGAGGCUGGUGUUUUGAACCUUGACAGCCUGCCCUCGGCCAACAAAGCCUUGAAGGACGUCAUUUGGGUCACCAAGCCUGGCAGUCAGCACAUGGACUGGUCUGAUGAUGCUCCGAAAGGCUUCACCAUCAAUUCGUGGCAGGGACUGGUAGAGAAGAACAAACGUGGGACCAACGCUGAAGUCCUACCUCUGGACAAAGACUCCAAGGUACCGCCAGUGUCUAUCUUCUGCGAAGCUCCUAAUGGUACAUUCGACCUGGUCAAAUACACGUCCGAGAACCUCAUCUCCGGCACCGCCGCACUGACUGCUACUCUGGCACGGGCAUACAAAAUAUCACCGUCCGACAUACUGCACCCAACCACAAGCCUCACGGACAGUUACACACUCUGCUGGACGCUUGGCGCGCUCUACGCCAAUGCAUCUGUGGCCUUGAACUCCGUCGCCGGCGACAAUGUCGACCUCGUAUCCGCCGCCUCCCCGAGUAAUCCAACGAUCGUGAUUUCAGCACCACCAACCGUCCAAACAUACCUGUACAAUCCCGCCACGGUCCUGCCCUCGACGAUCUCGAAAUACAUGUCCAGCCGCACUCUUGAGAACGGCAACCUACCUUCCAAAAGUGGGGGACAAUCUGCCCUGCCGAAACUGCGCGUCUUGCUCAUUCCACAGCCCGCAGCGCCCGCCCCGCAGAUUCGCUUGCCCUCGUCGGCGCUGCACAGCCUGCGCACUCAUCUCCAUGCGCGGGUUGGAUAUGCUUUGACCACGCCGUUCGUGGCCGGGGCCAUUGCGCAGACGAAUAUCCUUGAUUACCGCGAUAAGGGGGCUCGAGUGUGUGUGGGCGCACCGCUGAGCUCGGUCGAGGUCAAUCUCAACGGCGAGGAGGAUGGCAUGGGCUCUCAUAAUCCGAAGGGACCGAUAACGGUCAAAGGACCUGCGGUUGUCGGUGGGAAGAUCACCCUCGACAUCGAUGGCCAAAUUGAUGACGAUCACACUUUGCUGUUGCCAUAA